AUGGCUCCACGAAACCUCCUCGAUCUCCCUGCAGAACUUCGCAACAACAUCUACACGCACCUCUUCUCGAACGAGUGGUUAUACAUCGACCCAUGCGUUUAUACAUCUGCUCCGAGGACUUGCACCUGCGACCAGCGUCAUGGUACAUCGAUUCUACAGACUUGCAGGCAGCUACGCCGUGAAGCAAUGGCAGUCUACUUUGCCAACGUCAAAGUGUCGUUCGACGUAUGCAGAUCUAUACCGCCUCUUGGCCUGAUCAACUGGCUGGAUGAUAUUGGGGAAGAAAACAGCAAGCUGAUACGGCGUUACCGGAUGCGAUGGAACAAUUAUGUCGAUAUCAGUUUGGAUCUGGGACGGUAUGCGAUGGGUCCGUCGAAGCCUCCGGUCCUUAAUCCUCGCAGUGGAAACCAUCCAUCGAUCAGCAACCUUAAGUCAACCGAUACUAAAUCACCCUACUUCCUAUAUCGUGACCCUCAAGAUAAAGCACAACCAUCAACAAACCCAACGAGAAGCAUCCGCACAGGUGAGAAGCACUGCAUCACAGUCCAAGGCACGCCAGUCUAUGGCCCUGAGUACUGGGACAGGAUGGGGACGGCGGACUUCUCGAAUACCAUUACUUGGGUGUUGUCGCAACGCAUGGAGGAAGUGUUGAAGGACAGGAGUGGGCUUUAUCUUACCAAGCAAGAUUUGGUUGAGUUCGUGAUCGAUGCGGACCAACAUGGGUCUGGGCUGAGGUGGUUGUGGUUUUGGUGA